UGGCUUCUUUUCAACUACUUAGACGGGAGGUCUAGAAGCUGAUUAUUCUACGGUCAUUUCAGUGUCAAGAGCUGGAUAACUUAUGGAUUGUUUAAUUCUACGAUAUAUUGUGGAGAAUAUUUGAGUGCAUUUGAGAUGGUAAGCUGUGCCGCCUGUGGAUAUUCGAAAACGCGUAAGAGAAGGGAUGAGCGGAUCACGUUCCAUGUGUUUCCAAAACGUCCGGACAGACGGGACGCCUGGAUUAGGUUUAUGGGCCGAGCUGACUACAAACCAACGCCGUACAGCAGACUCUGUUCCCAACACUUUACUGAUGGUUGCUUUGAUCGUGCUUCUACUGCAAGAGUGCAACUAAACAAUGAUGCUAUACCGACAAUUGGAAUUAGCAGGCUGAAAUACGCUCGGAUGAUGCAGGAUGAAAUUACUGAGCGAUACUUGUCCCCUACAACGGACAGUGAAGACUCAGAUGUCCCCAUUGCUGACAAAGAUCCAUUGUCUAAUUCAGAAACCUCAAUCAAACAAAUCGAGCUUCACAAAGGUCAAAAACCUGGCUCGAGCACAAUAACCCUAGUGAAAUUGGAUCCACGCACUGCUGCGGAACUGAGAAAAAACCUCAAAUCGGUACUGAAAACACCUUUGAGAAGUCUUGCCCCCUCGGAAUCGUUAGAGAACCCAAGCACAGUGAUUAAUCAUGCUGCUGACAGUGGUGACGAGUUGACUUUGCUCAAACAGAGAAUUAAUGAAUUGGAGACCGUUGAUAAACUGAAGACUCGCAAGAUUCAGAACCUGCAGAAUACUAUUGGCAAACAGAAGAGGAAAAUUGAUUCACUCAAUAAACUCUUCAGUGACCUUAAAGAACUCUACAAUUCAACCAGGACAAAAAGUGGAAUGGCAAGAAACGGGCAUGUGGUGUAGCAUAAAAUAGGUGUUGGUACGAAUCAGCAAGGUGGUGAACCAAUUGCUGCUGUCGUACGGAGAUGCUCUGGGGUUCAAAUAUGGUUAAAAUAUUCACUUAAAUCUUUAUGAAUUCAUGCAGCAACAAUUCUCCUUGAAUCGCGUUACCUAUAGGCAUGUAUUUAACAGUCAAAUAAUCGUCUGUGUCGAAUAUUUUAUUUGCGAGAUUGAUUUUAAAAUGUCAAAUUAACGCUAAAACAGCAUUUAGAGGAACUAACUUUUCUAAUAGAGUGUCUCACUCGUAAUAACCCAAUGAGCAUAACUCGGCGUUUUGCGAUUCUUUCGUUACUAUUUAUGAAACUUUAUAUUUGUUGGAAAAAAAGCUAUGUUUUCAAAAUUGCAGGAGUUACAAGCAUGACAGCCGACUAUAAGACCGUGAAUCAUCAGGAAUACUUUUGUGGAGCGAGAAUUCUCAUUGUAUCCUGUAAUACAAAAAUUGAGUAGACGACAAAGGUGUAACAUUAUAUAACACAGAGUUUUAUCAAUAUCAUCGACAUUAGAUUUGAAUGGUAUUUUAGUUUUGAGACGAUAAAAGUGUGGAACUAUGCAUGUACUAGGCCAUUUUCUUACGAAACAAUCGCAUGC